UUAACAGAUAUCAGGACACACUCUUACAUGGCAGAUGUGAACUUCACAUUUGUUACUGAGUUUAUCCUUCUAGGACUGACAGAUCGUGGUGAACUCAAGGUGUUUCUUUUCAUCUUGUUCCUUUCUAUCUAUGUCAUCUCCUUGCUGGGCAAUCUGGGAAUGUUCUUUCUGAUCUACAUAACUCCCAAACUCCACACACCCAUGUACCACUUCCUUCGCUCUCUGUCAUUUGUUGAUGCCUGUUAUUCAUCAGUAUUUGCACCCACAUUGCUACUAAACUUCUUUGUUGAAAGAGAAACCAUCUCAUUCUCUAUGUGCAUACUACAAUACUUUUUAUUUGCAUCAUUGCUUACUACAGAGGGCUUUCUGCUGGCUGCAAUGGCUUAUGACCGUUAUGUGGCCAUUGUAAAUCCUCUAACUUACACAGUGGCUAUGACAAAGUUAAUAUGUGUACUGCUAGUGCUGUGUUCAUGCAUAGGAGGUACAAUCACCUCAUUGACACAUACAAUUGGCUUAAUGAAGCUGUAUUUCUGUGGACCAAAUGUCAUCAGUCACUUCUUCUGCGACCUUCCUCCCCUGUUGAAGCUGUCCUGUUCUGACACCUCCAUGAAUGAACUGUUGCUUUUGGUCUUUUCUGGAGUCAUUGCCAUGACAACACUCUUGACUGUGAUGAUCUCCUACAUCUUCAUUGUUGCUGCUAUCCUGAGGAUCCGCUCAGCAGCAGGCAGACACAAAGCCUUCUCUACCUGUGCUUCCCAUCUGACAGCUGUGACUUUGUUCUAUGGCUCCAUCAGCUUCAGUUACAUUCAGCCAAGCUCACAGUACUCCUUAGAACAAGAGAAGGUGGUGUCUGUAUUUUACACCCUGGUGAUUCCGAUGUUGAACCCACUGAUUUACAGUUUAAGGAACAAGGAAGUGAAAGAUGCUGUGAAAAGAGUCAUAGAGAUGAAACGUUUCCUUCAUUGA